AUGGAGUCUGAGCCGUCGAUUGACACGUAUGCUUGGGAGACGAUGUCGGAGAGCUUGAAACUCGCAUCGGUUUGUUCAGUCGCUCUGAAGGACCUGGACGACAAGCUUUACGCUCGUUUGCUCUUGCUGCUCAGCGAUGAGUCGCCUAUCUCGGAUCACCUGGUGCAGGAGGCUGCCCUCAAGGCUACGACAGUGCUUGUGCAGAGCUUCCCCGAGAUCGCUGGCAAUAUGGUGCCGCAUCUGCGUCGCUUUGUCACCUCUCCUCUGCCCAUCUUCGAGUUGGAGUUCAUGUCGGAUACUCAUGCGUCGCUCCCGCUCUCCGCUGCCGCGAAGUGUCUAGCGCUUUGCAUCAAGCUGGCCCCGGGCGACGACCUCAUCAUGUCGAGCAUGUACUCCCUGCUUAACUACAUCGCCGCCACCAGCAAAGAAAUCUACGGCUCUGCCAACAACUCCCAGAUGCUCGACAACCCCCUCUACCAACCCCAAGGCGAGGCCACCAUCAAGUCCGUCGAGACGGGCCUCCGCGGCCUCACUGACGAGGAAAAACGCCUCGUCGGCAUCAGCACAAUCAGCGUGGUGACGCGCCUGGCGCUGGAGUUCAAGAUGGAGGAGGUGACGAAGCUGACUAUUUCGAUGUUGCUUCAGAGGUUGAGGUCGGCGGAACCGACGGUGGAGGCGGCGAUUGCGUAUAAUCUGGUGGAUCUGGCGUUGGCGGCGCCGCAGAGCUCGUUUGUAGAUAUUAUACGGGCAUUUUCGGUCAUCAAUAGUGCGGCGAAUCCGGACGAUCCGAGGUUUUCGAACAAUAUGGUUUUGGCCGCACAGACGCGCCUUGCGCAGGAGCUGCACCACAGACCAGAGCUUUACGAGACAUAUCUCAUUGAGCUCUUGACCUUGUUCUCCGACAAAGGUGUCGCCAUCCAGAACGCACAGAUAUCUAAUCGUCAUGUGAAGGUCUGUAUCUGCCAUCCCCAAUUUUGCUCGGUCGGACUGACCACCGCACAGAUCGACGACAUGAUAGAGCAAUUAGCAUCGCUGCUCCUUCCCAUUGAGGCCGUGAUGUCGCACGAAGACUUCCACCCGGAGAAGAACACGACACCCAGCGUCUUGUCUCUCUUCCGGCACAUGUGGUUCCUCUGCAUCCUGUUCCAGUUCACUAAGCUGGAGGGCGACGACAACACGGCGAUGCAGUGGUUGAGGCCGGCGCUUGCGCGCAUAGCAGCGAAGACGCCGGCCCUUGUCAUCGAGGAAUCGCAUGAUUCGGUCGCGAGCGACGUCGAGUACAACUCGGUCAUUCGCCAGGAGUACGCGCAUACGGUCAUCAACCUCCAUCGCAACCUCUUGACGCACUACAUCGGCCUGCGCGCGCACGAGAUCCGCUCGCUCUCCUCCGGGCAGGUCAUCUUCCUCCUCAUGAUGCACGACAUGGAAAGCAUGCGCGCCGCCGUCGGCCUCGUCUCACCUCUCGUCUCCUACUUCAUCAACGACAGCCUCAACCGACACCCCGAGCUCAGCGCCUGCAUGGACGCCAUCGCAGAGAAUAUCGUCCGCGGGUGCGUCAGCGACCUUAAUGUGCUCGCGGGCAGGCAAGCGCUGCCGGAGCGCCUUUCGGGCGAGCUGCGCUUCCUGUUGGUGGCGAGUACGCACCGAGUGGCGAAGGCGCGGGAUAUUGCGUCAAGAUACUUGAACCGGCUGUUGACGUCGUUCCCGUCGUUGAUGUGCGAUCCACCGUUGGUGUUUGCGAUUUUGGAUGUGUUGACGCUGUUGAGGCGCGGGUGCGAGAACGAGUUCACGGAUGAGCAUAAUCCAGUCUACGAGUUCCACUCCGAGCGUUCGGACGUGACGCUGGAGUUGACGGACAGCUACGUCGUCCGAAACGAAAUACUGGAGAAGCUGCACAGGAACGCAAAUAACUGGCUUGAUCUGGCCUUGGCUCGUGCGCCAAUGGAACUGAAGGCGACGCUGCAGCGCUACCUUGCCACUAACCAGUCUUCCGGCUUCGAUCUCGAGUCUGCAGAUCUUGGUGCUUCGGUCGCUGAGCACUAUGGCAAGAUGGUUGGCCCCGUGCAACGACAGCUGACAUCACUGUCCGCCUUGUCCAACUGUCGUACCGAUGGCGCGAAGAGCCUGGCCAGUCAGCUCGCCAACAAGUCUUACUUUGCCGGCGAGGCGGCUGGUGUGCGGUUGGCAAGUCGUCAAGGUGUGCUACUUGCUUCAAUUGAUGUAUGCAGUUUCCUGAUCCUUCGCAUAGACUCAGGCGAACUGGACAAGCUGCCUCCUACGUCUGCACCUUUAGACGAGCUGCAUGCGCUCAAGGCCAAGCUAGCGCAGAGCCUCGAGGACAUCAGGAAUAAGCACAGCGGCCUUACUGUGCAGAACCUCAAGCGCCUUCUCUUCCGCGCUGCAGCGACACUUCUUGCAAUGCCACAGAACGACUAUAUUCUUUUGCAUCACAUUGUAGUGCUGCCGUUCGAGGUCGCGACGCCAUCUUCCAUUGGUGCCGGUAUCGAAGUGUGGACAUGGCUGAUCGCGUCGAAGCCGAACAUCGAGGUUGCUCUUGCCUCGGAAAUUCUGGAGGCCUGGACAGAUACGAUCAAGCAAGAGAAGGGUCUUUUCUCGAAGACGCUCAACUACGAAGACCCCUUCUUCCACCCCGUCGACUAUGCGCCAACGGACAAGGAGCUCAUUGACCGUGCCUCAACUGCAGCACGCCGUCUGACGGUGCCUCAUGCGUUGGUACUGGAGAUGCUGUUCAGUCGUUUGCAAGCCGCGCGCUACCGGAAGCCCGAGGUCAUGUUCAUCAUCCAGCACCUCGUGUUGCGGACCGCGAAGGCCUUUUCGGAGAUGAGCACCCAUCCAUUGGCUCGGGAAGCACGAUUCUCGUUUUUGCUCUUUGGCUUCGAGACGCUGAAGAGCUCGCACCUUGACUCGUACUGCGAGAACAUAUUGAGAGAGAACCUGUACUCUUUCGCUUAUUCCUGGUUUGCGGUGCGGCCUCAAUGGUCGUAUGGUGCCAACCGUGUACAGCUAGAUGCCGACGUCAAAGUCCUCUCGGAGUUCCUGUCAUAUCUGCAGCGCGAUAUCGUCAGCCCCGCAUCGGCUGUGACCAGUCUGGCGACUUCACAGCUGGCGUCUCGUGCGUCUUGUGAGUUUCCUAUAUAUAGGUUGGCUAGCCUCAGCGCACCUUUGAAGCUGCUGGUCGAGAACGAGCUAUUCCGCUUGACUGUGUGGGCAAAUUCCACGAACGAUCCCAAGCGGGGACAAGACCAUGUCAGUGCAACGGAGCGCACUUUGUACGACGCGAAUUGGCAAACCCUGGUGAGGACGGCAUGGCAGGUCGACCCAGCAAUUGCGGUCUUCAUGGCGGAGCGGUUCAAGCAACCUGCUGUACGCAAUGAGGUCGUAAGGCUUGUGCGCUCGAGUACUCGCGAUGUAUUGGACGUUGCGGAGGCCGUACCGUACCUCAUCGGUGACAACCUGGACGUCACCAACGCACGCCGUGAUCUCAGGUACCUCCUGCUCUGGGCACCUGUGUCCGCAAUUAUCGCAAACACGUUCUUCGAGCGACGCUUCAAGAACGACGCGAUUAUCCUGCAAUAUGCGCAUCGCGUUCUGGAAGGGCACCCGGUCGACCUGACAUUCUUCUUUGUCCCGCAACUCGUCCAAGCACUUCGCUACGAUGAUCUCGGUUACGUCGAGCAAUUCAUCUUCGAAACAGCGAAGAUCUCGCAGCUCUUCUGCCACCAGAUCAUCUGGAACAUGAAGGCAAACUGCUACAAAGACGAUCUCGGCGAACUAGAGGAUCCCUUGAAGCCUGUAUUGGACCGCAUGGUCAACAAGAUCGUUGCAUCUUUGUCUGGCGAGGCUCGCGACUUUUACGACCGCGAGUUCGGGUUCUUCAACGAGGUCACGUCGAUUUCGGGCAAGCUGAAGCCAUACAUCAAGAAGACGAAGCCGGAGAAGAAGGCUAAGAUCGACGAGGAAAUGGCGAAGAUUGUGGUCGAUGUUGGCGUCUAUCUUCCUAGUAAUCCGGAUGGUGUUGUCGUUGAUAUCGACAAGAAGUCUGGGCGACCCUUGCAGAGCCAUGCCAAGGCUCCGUUCAUGGCCACCUUCAAGGUUCGCAAGGAAGGGGUGGUCAUCAACGAGGACCCGGACUCUUUGCUAGACAGCGACGGUGCAGGCCAUGAGCAGAAGCGAGAGUACGAGGUUUGGCAGCAGGCCAUUUUCAAGGUCGGCGACGACUGUCGGCAGGACGUGCUCGCGCUGCAGGUCAUCGCCAUGUUCAAGAACAUCUAUACGAGCAUCGGCCUCACGCUCUACCUCUACCCGUACCGUGUUACCGCGACGGGUCCUGGGUGUGGUGUCAUUGACGUCGUACCGAACGCAACGUCUCGGGACGAGAUGGGUCGCGCCAAAGUCAACGACUUGCUUGACUUCUUCAUCGCCAAGUAUGGUGGGCAGGACACGGUCGCCUUCCAGCGCGCGCGCCUCAACUUCAUUCAAUCUAUGGCCGCCUACUCCGUCGCAUGCUACAUCCUCCAGAUCAAGGACCGGCACAACGGAAACAUCAUGAUUGACGGCGAGGGACACAUCGUCCACAUCGACUUCGGUUUCCUCUUCGACAUCGGGCCUGGUGGCGUCAAAUUUGAGCCCAACUCCUUCAAGCUGAACCACGAGAUGGUCGUGCUCAUGGGCGGCCGCUACUCGCAAGGCUAUCAGCUCUUCCAGCUGCUUACCGUCAAGGCCUUCCUCGCCAUCCGCCCGCACGCCGAGCAGCUCAUCAGCACCGUGCGCCUGAUGCUGGACACCAGUCUGCCGUCGUUUAAGGGCGAGCCGACGAUUCGGAGGUUGCGCGAUCGGUUUGCUCUGGGGCUGAACGAAAGGCAGGCGGCGGACUUCAUGAUGGGCAUCAUCAAGAACGCGCAUGAGAAUAUGAGGAGUACGGCGUAUGAUGAGUUCCAGAGGUUGCAAAAUGGGAUUCCGUACAAGUAA